AUGGCGGAAGAUAAGUCGCAGGUCAAGAUCAGGUUUUUCACCCGUGAGAAGGAUGAAGCAUUACAUGUCCAAGAAACACCAAUGUACGCACCCAUCUCUUUGAAGAGAUACGGGCUGUCCGAAGUUGUUAAUCACCUAUUGGACUCGGAUAAGCCUGUUCCUUUCGAUUUCUUGAUUGACGGUGAGCUGUUGCGUACUUCAUUGCAGGACUACUUGACUAAGAAAGGUCUAUCCAGUGAAACUUCGCUGAAUGUAGAAUAUACCAGGGCUGUCCUGCCACCAUCGUAUUUGAACAGUUUCAGCAAUGAAGACUGGAUCAGUUCCCUAGACGUGGGCGACAACUCAAAACACAUCAUCAGUGGUUCUUAUGAUGGUAUUGUCCGUACUUGGAAUCUAUCAGGUAACGUGCAAAAGCAAUACAGUGGCCAUUCCGGUCCUAUCCGUGCUGUCAAAUACAUCUCGAACACAAGACUAGUUUCAGCCGGUAACGACCGUACUUUAAGACUAUGGAAAACCAAAAACGAUGACUUGAAAUUGACUCCGCAACAACGAGCAGCCGAAGACGAAGAUGAAGAAGCCAAUAUUGAAGAUGGUAAGACCUUGGCAAUUUUGGAAGGUCACAAGGCACCAGUCGUCUCCAUCGACGUGUCCGACAACUCCAGAAUAUUAUCUGCGUCUUACGAUAACUCCAUUGGGUUCUGGUCUACUAUUUACAAAGAAAUGAACAUCGUGGAUCCAUUAGAAGACAUAAAUAACCCAAAUAAUAAAAUAUCCACUGCAGCCAGGAAAAGAAGAAAGUUGACGAUGAAAGAUGGUACCAUCAGAAGACGUGCUCCACUAUCUCUAUUAGAAUCCCACACAGCCCCCGUGGAACAGGUGAUUUUUGACUCCACUGAUAACACCGUCGGUUAUUCCGUAUCGCAAGACCAUACUAUUAAGACAUGGGAUUUGGUCACCGCUAGAUGCAUAGACACAAGAGCCACAUCGUACUCGUUACUUUCCAUUGCACAAUUGCCCUCCUUGAACUUGUUGGCGUGCGGGUCCAGCGCCAGACACAUCACAUUGCAUGAUCCUCGUUUAGGGGCAUCUUCCAAGGUCACGCAGCAACAACUAAUUGGUCAUAAAAACUUUGUCUCUUCAUUGGACACCUGUCCCGAGAACGAGUACAUCCUGUGCUCAGGUUCCCAUGAUGGGACUGUGAAAGUAUGGGAUGUCAGAUCCACUUCUCCAAUGUACACUAUCACAAGAGAAGACAAAUCGGUUCAAAAGGGUGUUAACGAUAAAGUCUUUGCUGUCAAGUGGGCAGAAAAGGUGGGCAUUAUUAGUGCUGGUCAAGAUAAAAAGAUUCAAAUAAACAAGGGAGACAACAUCUUCAAAAAUUAA